AUGCCUAGUAUGGAUUCAAAUUCAUCAUGUUAUUCUUCAUCAGAAUCAUCAACAUCUUCUCUAUCAUCUCCACGGGUACCACUAACUGAUAUAGUACAACAGCAGCAGCAGCCGCAGCAACAACAGCACCCACAACAACAACAACAACAACAACAACAACCAAUAAGAAUAUUAACAACCGCAAUUCCUAUGACGCCAAUAGCACAGUCUCAUGUAUGUGUUACUCGGUACAAAACAGAAUUGUGUCGACCAUUCACAGAAACUGGUAAAUGCAAAUACGGCGAUAAAUGUCAAUUUUCACAUGGAAUAAAAGAAUUAAGAAAUUUAAUGCGCCAUCCAAAAUAUAAAACAGAAUAUUGUCGAACAUUUCAUACAACUGGUUAUUGUCCUUAUGGUCCUCGAUGUCAUUUCAUUCAUGAUACACAUGAAGCCCGAACAGCAAUAAAUACAAACGAGUCAAUACUACGACGACAUUCCGAUGGAAGAACUAAUCAAUCAGCACAAAAAUCAACAUCGAGAAAUCGGUUUAAUAGUGAUUAUACAAAAUCUACAAUUCAAUCUACUAGCUCAUCAAAAUUUCCUUUCUCAUUCGAAGAACUAAAUCGAGCUUUAGUUUCGUAUGAUAAUACUAGCGAUGUUUUUCAGCACGAACACCAACAGCAACAGACUUAUCCAUCGGCUUUGCCUAUUAUAACAAAUACAUUUACACGUCGUGCAUUCUCAUCAUCGUCAUCAUCAAAUAGCAGUUUAACUACACAAUAUAUUUAA